AUACUGAUAAACAUAAACCUAACCAUACUGUAGAACUUGAUAAAACAACCAUCAGUGAAAUAGUUGAUGUUGACAAGUAUGAGCAGCAGUUAGCUAAUAUUCUAGAAAAUCUAAGACAUGAAUAUGUUCACAAGCUUUCACUUAGGACUAAUGUAGGAACUUUUGAUAAAAUUGAAGUGAAGUUGGACAAUGAAACAAUUCCUUUGAAUCAGGUUGCCUCCAUUGUGCAGAAGGGUCCUUCAUUGAUUGUACUCAAUCUCAGUCAAAAUAUCAAGUUUGUACCAGCAGUUAUGUCAGCAUUACAUAGUUCAGGGAUGAAUCUAAAUCCACAACAAGAAGGUCCAUCAACAAUCUAUGUUAAUAUACCCAAGGUUUCAAGGGAUCAUAGGGAAGAACUAGCUAAAGGUGCUAAAACAAUUUUUAAUAAUACGAAAGAGAAAUUGGACAAACUGUUUGCAGAAACAAUGAAGAAGGUUAACAAGACGAAAUCAACUGAAAUUAAAAAAACAAUAGAGAGUAAGUUACUUCAGGACAAGAGGAAAAUACAAGCUGAUGCAGAAGCAUUGAUGAAAGCAAAACAAAAAGAAUUACUUGACUCUUGAUAUUAACUUAUAAGUAAUGAUUUCAAAUUCAAAGGGUUAUUUCAAA